AAUCACAAACCCGCACCUCCCCCGAAUAAUGAUUCCUCCUCCCUCCCCCCGGGCAACGGCCGCCGUCACGACGAUCCCCGCCCCGCCGCCGACGAUGGGGAACCCCGCGCCGCGCCGGCGGGCGGAGCCCGCGCUCGUGCUGCUCGCCCUGGCCGCGCUCUACAGCGCCAUGUCCCUCGUCGCCUACCGCGUCAUCCACAUGCGCCACGUCGCGCCGCUGCCCGCCGACGCGCCGCCGGGGGAGUUCUCCGAGGGCCGCGUGCUCCACCACCUCCGCCACCUCUCAGUCGACAUCCCCGGCCGCCAGGAGGGGAGCCCUGGGCUGGAGGCCGCGGCGCAGUACAUCAAGGGGCAGCUCGAGGAGCUCGCCGCGCGCGCGGGGCCGGAGUACAGAAUAGAGGUUGAGGAAACACUUGUUAGUGGUUCAUUCAGUAUGAUGUUUUUGCGCCACAGAGUAACUCUAGCCUACAGGAAUCACAAGAAUAUUGUUAUGAGGAUUUCAUCAAAUGUUUCAGAAGAUCAGGAUCUAGCCUUUUUGGUGAAUGGACAUUUUGACAGUCCUCUUGGAUCUCCUGGUGCAGCUGACUGUGGUUCUUGUGUUGCAUCUAUGCUUGAGUUAUCACGGCUCAUCGUUGAUUCUCGGUGGGUUCCUUCUCAACCAGUGAUUUUCCUUUUCAAUGGAGCCGAAGAACUUUUCCUUUUGGGUUCACAUGGUUUCAUAAAGACACAUAGAUGGAACAACACAAUUGGUGCUUUCAUUAAUAUUGAAGCUUCUGGAAGUGGUGGUGCUGAUUUAGUUUGCCAAUCUGGACCUGGAUCUUGGCCUUCUCGUAUUUAUGCUCAGACUGCGAAGUAUCCUAUGGCAAACAGUGUUGCUCAGGAUAUGUUUGGAAUAAUCCCAGGUGACACAGAUUACAGGAUAUUUGCUGAAGACAUUACGAACAUUCCAGGACUUGAUAUUAUCUUUGUUCUAGGUGGUUAUUUUUACCAUACUUCAUAUGAUACCGUGGACAACUUGCUUCCUGGAAGUAUUCAAGCACGUGGGGAAAAUUUAUUCAACCUAGUGAAGGCUUUUACAAAUUCUCCCAUGUUGAAAGGGCAUGUGCGAUCUAAUGAAGCUUCUAUGCCUAAAAUGGAUGAUUUGAGAGCUAUCUUUUUUGAUUACUUGACUUGGUUCAUGGUUAUUUAUCCUCGUGAUAUCUCUUUGGUUCUUCAUAGUCUUCCAGUAGUCAUUUUCCUACUUGCACCACUAUUCCUGAAAUUUCCAAACAUUACCUUGACGUCAUGGUUUCUGACUGUUCUGGAUUUAAUGAGAGGAAUGUUGGUUCAUGCAUUUGGUGUCAUCCUUGCAAUAUUCAUUCCUGCUGUGGCUGCAGCAUUAAGAUUGCUAUUCACGAAAAAUGCAAUGAAUUGGUUUGCUCACCCUUAUUUGGCAUUCCUUAUGUUUGUUCCAACUUCAUUAGCUGGUCUAUUUCUCCCAAGGAUUAUAUGGGGAUUAUCAGAGCAAACACACUUUUGGGGUGCUUUUGGAUUAUAUUCCUUUAUUACUUUGGUUUACAUGCUAGCUGGUCUGAGUGGAGGUUUUCUAACAUUCUUCAUUUCCAUGUCGAUGCUUCUUGGGCAUUUUAUCUAUAGCAUUAGUCGGAAGCACUGGAACAAAGAAUCACCAAAGUUGUUGGUUGGUUAUGUGGUACCUAUGAUUCCAUGUCUCCUUUACGGUCUUUACUAUGGCGGGUUCCUUAUCCAGUUCUUGAUUGAGAAGAUGGGAAUGAUGGGAUCUCUCCCGAAACCACAUGGAUAUUUUGUAGCUGAUAUCCUUGUUGGCUCAGUGAUUGGAUUGGUCGUGGGAUGGUGUUUUGGUCCAGUAACACCUAUUGCUAGUCGAUGGUUGGCCAAAACCUCCAUCCUACAUGGCUUGCUACAAAUUACAGUGGUUGGUUUGGCGAUCUCAUCACAACUGUUUCCUUACAGCACUGGAGCACCAAAAAGAGUUGUUCUUCAACACACCUUUGUUACAGAUGCUAAUAGUAUUGUGGAGUCACACUAUGGUUUCUCUGUGGUUGAUGCUAAUUCAUUGGAGUUUGUUUUCAAUAAUGCACCUGAGGCAGCAAAAUGGCUGAAGGAUAACUCAGAAUUAUCUUUUGAAGAAACAUAUUACUCUGACAGAAGUUCAUGGUUGGCUCUAUAUCCUGUCAAUUUCUUGUUCUCUGGGAGCUUAAAGUUCCCUUCAGAAAAUGAAGAAAUUAGAAAGCAUUACCAGCAUUUCCCACAGAUGGUUACUCAGAAGACCUUCAUAAAUAAUGGGCACCGGAGGGUGCAUCUUGAGCUCUCACUUGGGUCAUUGUCAGAGAUUUGGACCUCUGUGCUUAAUAUUACUGGACCACUAUCAAAUUGGUCCUUUUCUGAUAUGACACUUCCAGCUCCUCAAAGUUUUAGCGGUGGACCACCAUCAUAUAUUUGCAGACUUAGUGGAGAAAGCCACGAUAAUUGGUCUUUCUGGUUAGAGGCCAACUCAUCUGAACCUUUGAGAAUUGAUAUAGCGGUGCUUGACCAGCAUCUCCUUGAUAGCACAAGGACACUGAAGAGCCUGUUCCCAAGCUGGGCAGACAUUACAGCCUUCACAACAUUUUUCUCGACAUAUCAUUUAUAAACUUUGUAUUGCGAUGUGGGACGGUUGUAAAUAUGUUUAUUUAGGAAAACAAAAAUUAAAACAGCCAAUUCUAUACAUUGAGUUUUGUGGUUCUUUCCGACCCGAUUAGCGUGUUUGUAAUAUCACUGUAACAAUAUCAAUAUAUACGCUUCAAGCCUACAAAGGUGGCUUUUGUUCAUUUACAUUUUGCAACAAUUUCAUCCGGUAUCAAAUUGUAAUUUCCUUCUAGAUA